AUGUCCGACACUGGAGCGCCGAAGGGACGAGGAAGGGGCCGAGGCCGCCGCGUCGGCGCCACGACGCUGUCCGGCGCGACAAUCGACACCAACACUGCCUCUCCCUCCCCUCAACCCGCCGCCGCCGACUCGUCUGCAUCCGCCUCACGCGCUUCGUCAGUCUCGGCGCCAAGGGGAGCAAGUGGGACGCCGGCGCCGUCAGCCGAGGCAACGGAGGACGCGCCAGAACCGUCAAACACCGCCGCCUCUUUCUCGGCUGCCCCUCAACGUCGCGCAUCCGUCAAGCGCGUUCCCUCCGUCGGUGUAGGCUCGACGCGCGCGCCCUCCGUCGGCCUCGCACGUACCCCGUCGAUUGGGCUGGCAGGAGGAAGGGACAGGCCCGUUGGCGGUUUGCUCGGCAGCACGAGCGAGUUCAGGAGGGAUGCGACGGCCGGUCCGUCAACAGCUAGGGGCACCAAGUUCAAGCCGAACAUGAGGCGGAAGGAGCGUGUAGUGGAUGACGACGAAGACGAUGUCAAGAUGGAGGAUGGCGAAAGCAACUGGCGGAACAAGCGCGGUCCCCGCCCUCCGCCUCGCCCGCGCCAGGAUCUGCAAAUGACCGCGAGUGGUCCAAUGGCGCAAGGUCCUGGCGGUCCUCCCAAAACAUGGGGCGCGCGUCCGACUGCUGGCGCUUCUGGUGCAGCCGUCAUGGCCGCCUCUCGCGCCGGCACGCUCAAUCAGAUGAUCGACGACGACGAAGACGCGUCCGACCUCGAAGUCGACGACGACCCGUACGACGAGGCGGGCGGACUGCGGUUCAAGGCGGUCGACUUGAACGACAUUGGUUCGGCGAAAAAGAGGGAGGGAGAUGAUGGGAUGGCGCCGUUAACGCUGCCGAGGGAUCCAAAAGUGCUGCGGACCAAGAUCAGGCGGUUGCAGGAGCGGAAGCAGGAGAGGCUUAAGAAGGAGGCUGCUCGCGCCAAAUCCGAAGCCGGCGUCAAGGCGGAACCGCAGGACGACUCGCUUCCCGGUUCUGGGACUUCGACUCCGGCGACUGCCGCGACCCCCGCUCCGCUCCAUUCCAAGGAAGGCUCGCUCGCUUUGAUGAGUGUCGACGAGGACAAGGAGGCGAAGGACCUCAAGGACCUCGAAGAAGAGGAGAAGAAGGAGAUCAUCCUCAGCGAGGCGUUCGACCUGGCGCCCGAAACGCGCGGCGAGCUGUACAUGUUCCAGUUCCCACGCAAGUUCCCCGAAUUCGUCCCAUCCUCAUCCGUCAAGUCCGAGUCCGACCCAUCCGGCGACCUCGCCUCGCUCUCAAUCAAGCCGGACCCCGAUGCGCUUGCACCGCGCAAAGUCGUGCCCCCGCCUUGGGGACGGUUCGGGACGAGGACGGAGAAGGCGGCGAGGUGGAGUGAGCAUGAGGGCAGGAUUGGGGAGUUGUGUGUGCAUAGGAGUGGGAAGGUGACGCUCAGGCUGGAGGGCGACUUGCGCUACGAGGUCCUCCCGGCCGCCCAGCCGUCAUUCCUGCAGGAGAUCGCCGUCCUCGACCACCCCUCCAAGAACACCUCUAUCAACGGCACCUCGAAAAAGCCGAAAUCGCGCCGUCGCUCCUCCUCGACCUCCUCCUCCUCCUCUUCCAGCUCCUCUUCCUCCGACUCUCCCUCGUCCUCGAAAAAGGCUCCAGCACUUCCAGCAGACUCGCUCGUCGUCCUCGGCCAGACGAGCAAGAAGUUCAUCGUGGUGCCGCAGAUUGAGGACUUGUUGGAGAAGGUGGGCGAACAGGAGAAGAAGGAGCGCGAGGAGGAGAGGAGGUUGAGGAUGGAGAAGGCCAAGAGGGAGGGAGGGGUCAAGCGUGAAGGGAAGCGCUAG